CUUCAACAGCGACACAGUAUACAUAUACUAUGAUUGAACAAAAAGCGCUGUGUCCUCUCCACCACCCCUGGGAGCCCAGUACAACGGAUAUCAAGUCCCAUCCGCUUAUUUCUCGCACAUAUGAUUCUAUCAUCUUCUACCGAUGGACCUCGCCGGAUGGAGUGUACGAACGUGGCCGCAUUAUGGCGCGCCUCGUUGCAGAGAUGAUGGAGAAAAACAGGCGUCAAGUCUGGUUGGAUCAGUGGGAAAUGAACAAGAACACGACCCCCGAUCAAGUAGUACGACAGAUUUCCGACAUCUUCCUACGUGUCCCAAAAGUCAUCAUUCUGGCAGCCCCAGGGGAUUGGGAUCGCUUUACCAAUGCCGAUGAUAUCCAUCGUUGGGAGUGGGAACUAAGCUUACAGAGUGACAAGAAGAUCUGGAUCCUACGAUAUGGGAUCCCUGAGACGACGCAGGCACCUUCCAAAGAGCAGUUGGCGGCGGACCUACGAAACCACAGCACUCGUCUGGCAGACCUUGUCAUGAAAGGGAAUAUUCAGGUGCGGGUCUUAACGAUGGAUAAUCUAAACAGUGUCUUAAGUGAAUUAGCAUAAAUCAAGUAAUAGUUUUUAUUCAGUUGUGAUGCAUGCCUGUCUGUC